UAAGUUUGGCAACUAGGAACCAGCUGCCGUAUAUACAGAACCACAAAAUCACUUUCUCUCUCUCUCUCUCUCUCUCUGUUGCUGACAACUACUUAGCUUCAUCUGAACCUUCCUUCCUUCCUUCACUCACAACAAGGCGCAUACCCUUCCUUCCCUCUCUUAUUAUUAUACUCUCUCUUCUCUUCUUCUCUCUUUGCAUGCGCCACCACCAAAAUGGGGAACCUUUGUGCUCUCCUCAAACAAAAACCUUUACCAUCCACAAACAACUCCAAGAAGCUUCGUUCUUCAAACGCUGCUGCUUCAAGCAACCGCUGGUCAAGGACGCGUUCCUCCCGCAAAGACAAGUUUGAUGAUGCUUCCAUUCGAGAACAAGCCAUAGCUGCUGCAAUACUCUUCAAGCAGCACCAGCAGCAGCUACAAAACGGUGCUGCCGCUUUUGAUCGUUCUACCUCUCUAAGGUACCCCAAUGGCUCUUCAAAGAAGAAUGCUUUACCUAGAAGCUCUAGCUCCAGAGCCAGGUCCCUCACUGACCCUUUGCUUCAGCCUCACCAGCUUGUUAAUCAGGGUAUAAAGGUUGAUGAUCUCGAGACGAAUCAUUUUGUUCUUGUUCAUGGAGGUGGUUUUGGUGCGUGGUGUUGGUACAAAACUAUAGCACUUCUAGAAGAAGCUGGUUAUAAAGUAUCCGCCAUAGAUUUAACCGGUUCUGGAGUUCAUUCAUUUGAUACAAACAACAUAAAGAGCCUCUCACAAUAUGUGAAGCCACUUACUGACUUUGUUGAAAAACUUCCUGAAGGAGAAAAGGUAAUCUUGGUUGGACAUGAUUUUGGCGGGGCAUGUAUAUCGUAUGCGAUGGAGCUGUUUCCUCAUAAGGUUUCCAAGGCUGUGUUUAUUGCUGCGGCAAUGCUAACAAGCGGACAAAGUACUCUGGAUAUCAUUUCUCAAAAGGAAGGUUCAGAUGAUCUUAUGCAACAAGCACAAAUUUUUCUCUAUGCAAAUGGGAAUGAUCAUCCUCCCACUGCUUUCGAUCUUGAUAAGUCGUUGUUGAGGGAUUUGUUAUUCAACCAAAGUCCUGCCAAAGAUGUUGCAUUAGCAUCUGUUUCGAUGAGGCCAACUCCAUUUGCACCGGUUUUAGAGAAACUUUCCCUUUCCGACCUCAAAUAUGGCAUCGUAAGGCGAUUCUACAUAGAAACUCUUGAAGACAAUGCCAUAACCAUCACUCUCCAGGAAGCCAUGAUAAAUGCAAGCCCUCCAGAAAAGGUUUUUCGUUUGAAAGGCGCGGAUCAUUCUCCCUUUUUCUCGAAGCCUCAAGCCCUGCACAAGUUACUUGUAGAAAUCUCAAAGAUCCUUUGAUGAUAACAUUCAUCUACAUAAGUUGUUUGUGAAGCCAAAUCCACACCAAAAGCUCCAAUAACAUCAUAUAGGAAUGUGUUAUUGUGUGCAAGUUACAGGUUUCAUUCUUCUUUUCCAUUGUUUUUUUAUUUAAUUCUUUUUGAGUUAAAAACCUGUAACUUGUAAAAGAUAGUACUUGCAACAUAAAAUCCAUGGUAUAUUGCUGAGUA